UGAGUUUACCGUAACCAGAUGUUGACAUAAACAUUCAAAUUAAUUGUAGAGAAAGGUAGAAAUACAGACUGCACCUCUGUCUUACAUACUUUAUUUGUUAAAUGAUCCAAACAUGUCGUCUAUGGUUGUUUAUCAUAUGUUUUUGUUUACAGCAUUGUCAGUGGAUGGUGGCUGGAGUGAGUGGAACUCCUGGAGUAUCUGUACCAAGCCAGUUGGUGGUAUACAAACAAGAAAGAGAGAAUGCACCAAUCCAGAACCAGGACGUUGUGGGAAACACUGCGAUGGGACCGGAGCACUGUUGAGAGUAUGUAGCAACAUGUCCAGUUGCCAACAAGAAUUUCCCCUGCGUUUUGAAACAGAGAAGAACCCAUCUUUUGGUACAAUGAAGAUAUUCUCAAACAGCAGCUGGCAAAAGCUUUGUACCAGUCAAUGGGAUGAAGCAGAUGAAAAUUCAACCUGCAUGGCCAUGGGCUACUAUAACAACGGUGCUAAUGACACAUGGUACGCAGAACGUGGCAAUGCUACAGAGAUGUCCACCCACUACAACUGCACCAUUCCCACCAGAUGUCAAAACAAACAACAAUUUUGCAAAGGUAAUAUUCAAUUGCACUCAUGUAAUAUCCACACGAUCUCCAAAGAUGAUAACUUGAUAGAUUUACUAACACUCCAGAUAUGA